UUUUCCUCCCACUAUAGUCUACUCACUUUCGGUCUGGGCUAAAACCAACUAGCCUACUAAAACAUCCUAUUGGUUAGAUUAAUUCUUAGGUCAGAAAAAAAGUAGACUGGUAACUAGAAGAUACAAUAGUAGGGGAAAUGUUCUAUAUCAAUAUGGAAAACUACAACAAAUCCAUGCAGUUUUCCAACCAGAAUGUUUCUGUGAAUUUAUUUGAUUGACCAUAAAACAAGUUUAUUGAAGAUCUGGUCAAUUAAACAAAUUAUGAUGAAGAUUGUAGUAUUUUUAGAAACUUUUUAGUUUCAAAUAGCUACUAUAUUUCAUCACUUAAAGAUGAAAAAGAUUGGCAUUUUAUUUCCUCUACUACUUUUCAUUAAUUUCUGUGGUACAGCACUGGGAAGUAAUUAUGACCAGUACAUAGACAGAUUGAUAAAUGAUGGAAAAUUAUACUAUGAUGAUUAUCUCCAUGAGAAUCCUGAAUCAGAAUCAUUUUUAGAAAAUCUUUUUUCCUUAAAACAUCCAAUUUUUCAAGAAGAUUAUCCUGGAAAUUAUGAAAUUAGUGAUCGACAAUGGAAUGCAUUUCUCAAUGAAGUGAAUCGUGCUAAAGCAGGCAGAUUUGAAGAACCUUCUUUUGAUAAAACAGAUGAUAAUGAGUUAAAUUAUGAAAGAAAGUCAGAUUCUACCUAUGAUUCAAAUCCUAAUGAAAAUAAUAUUGCCAAAAUGUUACAUGAACCAGGAUUAACAGAACGACGAAAUGAAAUAGCCUAUCAAAAUCCAUUAUGGGGAGAACAUAAAGUCUCUGGAGGCUCUGGUGAAGUAGGCCAGUGGAUAGACUAUGCUCUUCUAGGCGCUGGUGCACAAGAUAUUCUUAAUAAUGAAUCAUAUGAUAAUUUUAGCUUAUCAAAUGAACUUGAUUCUAGUCAUAUAGAAUCUAAAGUUGAUAAUUUACCAGCUUAUUGUGAUCCUCCUAAUCCAUGUCCUAUAAACUAUAAAUCUGAGGAUUUACCAACACCUUGUGAUCAUGAUAUUGAAGAUACAAUAGAAUUCAAUCGUGAAUGGAUAUUAAGAAAAAUGCAGAAUGGUGAAUGUUCAUGUGAUAAUGAACAUAUGGAUAGUUGUCCAGUUGAAUCGAAUGAAAAUGGAUUUAAAACAAGUUUCUCAACAGAACAAAAGGCGAACGGAAAGACUUUUUGGGAAAAUCCAUAUCUUCGAGGUCAAAAACGCAAAAGACUGGUUGCAAAGAAAAGGGUCAAACGUUCACAGAUAUAUCGAUACAAUCCUUAUCUUAUGGGACAAGUUCAUAAAAGCGCAGUGAAGAAAACUGGACCAUAUAGACCAACGGGAGAAAAAUACAUGUAGAAGUGAUAAUAUAUCCAUAUAUACAUUACAUGUAUCAGAGAUAAUUUUCUUUUCCUGCAAACUGUGAAACUGGUAGACAGAUGACUAUGUAUAAUAAUAAAAAAAUUAAUAUAAACUUGUGUUAUUUCCAGUCUCAAAAUACAAAAAUGUGCAAUAUAAUGAGUG